AUCACAGAGCCCAGGCACCCGAAACAACCAUCACAACUGUGAAUUGCCCUUCACACAAAUGAAACAACGCCGCUUGCUGCCUCACCGGUGACGGCUACCGUGGCCUAGCCAAACGCCCGCCCCUCACCCUUCCUGCCACCUUUGCCCCGCGACAUACACCUAGCUUCGCGAUGGCAUCCGUCGGCGCUCCUCUGAGCGUCCAGGACCUCACCGACCAGGCUGAGAACUAUGAAUACAAUGUCUAUAUACCCCUCAGGAACUGGCUACGCACCGCCAGUACUAUGCAGAAGGAGGCGCAAGUCUACGAAGCAGAAGGCAACGACCCGCAAACGUACCUCCUCCUCUACCGGCACGCAAAUCUCGUCCUCGACCACCUUCAGAACCACCCCGAGAAGAAUAGACCAGAGAACCGCAAAGCGCUCAGUGCUGCGACAGCAGCCGUCGCUAGCGAUCUGAAGAAACUCGAGGAAAUCCGGCCGCGCAUUAAGAAGAGGCACGAGGAAUAUCAGGCGCGACGCAAAUCGCAGUUGCAGGCACUGCAAUCAUUAGAAGGAAAGGGUCCGAGACUUCGUCAAGGGUUAGAUGGACUGUCCCUGAAUGAUCGAGCGGCUGCGAAGAGAAAUAGCUAUGACCGACCCACGCUGGAUGCCGAGGGCAAUCAGACUUUGGCGGCGAAGCUCGCGCAGAGGGAGGUUCGAAGGAGGGAUGCUGCAAGGAGGAGUGUUAGACGGGCUGGUGUCUCGGAAGAGCAGGAGCAAGAGCGGAGGACCGGGGGAGUGUGGGUAGAUUGGGAGAAAGAGCUGAAGAGGGAGAGCGGUGAGAUUGAUAAUGAGCUUUCGAGCCAGAUCCAGGAGGUUGCGCGCAUGCAACAGAACGGGCAUAAGCCGCCCAACUUCUCGCGUCCAACGUCCAUACAUGCGCCCUCCGCCUACCACUACCCCUCCGUGCCGCACCACACCGCCCAAGAGAGAUGGUCAGGCACAGACUUGAGAUUACCCACUCAAGGCACCGCACCUGCCAGACCACCCAAGGAGCUCCUACGCCGUCCCUCCGACUCCUCUCCACUACCCCCUGCUCUACCACCCAAACCGCCCAAACCGCCAACGUCCAUCCCCAUCUUCGAGCAACCCAGGCCACCACCAAUACCAGGCAAAUACGCCGAAACAACGGCUUCCGCGCCCCCAAUACCAGGGAAAAUUCCCGAGGCCCGCCCUGCCACCCCGCCCACCGAACUCGAUGAGUUCACCUUCAAGCCUUCCGCUUACCUCGAAAAUGGCGAGCCGCUGCGGUCGAUCUUCCUCCCCGCGCAGCUGCGCUCGCUCUUCUUAUCCGCCGCAUCGAAGAAUACGCGCCUGAAUCUUGAAACCUGCGGUAUUCUCUGCGGCAUUCUGAAGUCAAAUGCCCUGUUCAUAACACGGCUAGUAAUCCCGGAACAAACAAGCACAAGCGAUACCUGCGAGACGGUCAACGAGCAGGAAUUGUUUGACUAUUGCGAUAGGGAGGAGCUGAUGGUGCUGGGCUGGAUUCACACACACCCUACGCAGACAUGCUUCAUGAGCAGUAGGGAUUUGCAUACGCAUGUUGGGUAUCAGGUUAUGAUGCCGGAGAGUAUUGCGAUCGUCUGUGCUCCGAGCAAGGAGCCUAGUUGGGGCUGCUUCCGCCUGACGGAUCCACCAGGCAAGCAAGCAAUCUUGAGCUGCAAUCAACCUGGUAUCUUUCACCCCCAUAGCGUGGAAAAUAUCUAUACCGAGGCCUUGAAGCCGGGGCAUGUGGUCGAAUUGCGGAAUGCACCAUUAGAGAUGCUGGAUAUGCGGCCGAAGAAGUGAUCCAAGCAGUUAGCCGCGCAAGCGACUAACGGUAUGUACAUCAUGAAGGGGGAAUGAUAUUCGUCUUGCACAGCGAGGCGUUGGGUAGCAUUUAGAGGCCCGACUGAAGGGCGUUGCAUGUAGCGCGGGCGCGCAAAUACCAUAAGCAGGAGAGAGCUAAUGGACAUCUGUAGGGGAACGCAAGCACGGGGAAGACACAAGGCACGAUCCAUGGAUAGAUAUCUAACUGCAUGGUGCAUGUCAGCUUGGUUACGUUUUAGGUUAGCGCGCCCUGUAGGCGCAGCUGGGAAGGAUCGCGA